CUGCGCCCAGAGACUGCGGACAUAGUACAGGAGAUGCCCAGAGACUGCGGACAUAGUACAGGAGAUGACCAGAGACUGCGGACAUAGUAGAGGAGAUGACCAGAGACUGCGGACAUAGUACAGGAGAUGACAAGAGACUGCGGACAGUACAGGAGAUGACUAGAGACUGCGGACAUAGUACAGGAGAUGACCAGAGACUGCAGGACAUAGUACAGGAGAUGACCAGAGACUGCGGAUAUAGUACAGGAGAUGACCAGACUGUGGACACAGUACAGGAGAUGACCAGAGACUGAAGACAUAGUACAGGAGAUGACCAGAGACUGCGGACAUAGUACAGGAGAUGACCAGA